AUGACUUCUCCCUCAGCAUCACCGAGUGAGAAGGAGUUCUCCAGCCCAUGUACACGCACAACUCUAAACUCGCUGCGACAUGUAGCAAACAGCUUCGGCCUGUUGCUACCAAGAAAAAAGCCAGCCGAUGUAGAACAGCAGGCCAAGCCUGAGCCUGCCAUUGGCGAGGACGAAGAUGAUGAAGACGAUGAUGGCCCUAUCUUCUCACCCGGUGGAUCAGGGCCGUAUCCGACCAAAGUACGAACACUCGAAAAAUGUCCGAACGGCUACGCACGACUCGCAGCCUACAAUGCAAGUGAACAAAACUUCAUGCUCUACCGCGGCUUCAGCAACGUCCACGCACGCCUCCUUCUAAACCUCCAAGCUAGCAUCCAGAAGCUCGAAACCGAGCUAGACGACAUUGACCGCUUCCACGACACUCUUCCCGAGGCCUCCAAGAAGCGCCUGCGAUCCUGGGAUCUCGACAUCGCAGCCUGCAGACAAGAGAAAGAAGAAGCAAAAGAAGACGGCGACGAAGACGAAGCCCGAACGCGAGAAGACAUUCUAGAGGAACUGAGAAUCAAAGUGAACCAGUACGACGAGUUACUCAUCAAAGCAAGAGAGCUCGUCUCUUUCCAACGACCAACCGAACGUGAUUACCGAAGCGUGAGGAACUGGUUCCACAAUAUUGCGCCCCUCGUAGACGAGGAGCAAGAUUACAUACUCUGGAAAGAGGAUAUCGUGACGCUCAGACAUGGGAGGGAGUGGGCGGGUUUCGACGGUAUGGUCGAAGCGAUGUUGCACAAGAUGGAUGGCCCACUUGUCCAAUGGCUCUUCCGGACCGAGGAUCAGAGGCGUAAAUCCACGGAUGAGAGGAAUUACUACUUUGCUCCUUCGAGGGUGUCGACGCUGGUCAAUCUCUUCAUUACCAUUGCGCUUUUCUUGCUACUGGUAGCUCCGGUGUUGGCGAUGUAUCGUCUCUCGACUAUCAAGACAACGGAAUGCGUGUUUGCGGCUAUCGGUAUUUUGAUGGUUUUCACGCUGCUGUUUGCUGCAGCUAUGUCAUUACUCACGAAGGCGAAGAGGCAUGAGUUGUUUGCCGCAGCCGCAGCCUAUUGCGCCGUCUUAGUGGUUUUCGUUGGGUCUACUAACUUCAAUUGA